AGUCAUUGCUGGUGCUCCAUUCACCGGAAUAUUCUUUAUUUUCGAUUGUAACUCCUUUGCAACGCGUUUGUUUUAUUAAAAAAUCUUUUGCGUCCCAAGCUUGAGAACCGUCUUUAAAAAGAAAUAUAGCUCUAUUAUCAUCCACCAUAUAUCGUUCAGCUUGUAUGUGAUUGUUCCAUAGACUUGUCUGCCACAACUUUGUAAUUGUGUCAGCUUCUUCCCGUGUUGGAUCUCCAUCCACAGAAACGAAUGUCAUUAGUGUACGCCCCUUUUUAGAAGCUUUUAAGAACUCUUCUGGAUUUUUGCUAUCGAGAUUAGAUAAGUCAAUUUUUGGCUGAGGGCGCAAGUGUUCAGGCAACUCAUCGGGUUCUAAUGGUUCUUCAUCUUCCUGAAAAUAUUUCACCCAAAGCCAAAGUUAUAUUUUUUUGCAAAAGCUAUAAAAAUUUUACUAACCUCCCAUUGGUCUAGCAGACGCUCCAUGUCAGCAUCCGUAAAAUCACGAAUAUCCUUUUUUGCCCACUCAGGUUUUUUGUCAACUUCUGCCUUUUUUGAUAAAGUUUUUGGCACUAAAGCCAAUAAAGCGAUUAAAAGCAAAAGCCGCAUAGUUUACAAAAUGUAAUAAAAAAUUUUACUCAACUGUUCACAAGCUACACGUAAACAAAACAAUAUCCAUAUAUAUGAGCAUCGCAUUCGCAAAUAUGAAAAGAAUAGUUCACAAAUGUCAUGUACAUAAAUAUUUUUACUUUCAAUACAACGCAUAGUUAAUAGGUUUAAUGUAAAUGUACUCAACAUUUUAAAAAUAACUACGGAAAUUUUACCAACCCCACUCAUUUUGUAUUGGAUUUCGAAAGUUUAUAUGGAAAUACUCAUAAAUAAAAAAGUUCGUAUUUAAAAGUAUUUCGUACGAAUAUUGUGAAUAACAGUGUGCUGAGCACGGGUGCUCAGUGCUACAGUGUCAUUGAUAUAAUUUGAAUUACUGUAUUCAUAUUUAGUUGAAAAAUCAUGUUAUUAAACAAUUUCGGUGAACCAGUAGCUUUGGAGGAAUUCGCAGAAAAACAUUUGGAUCGAAAAUCACCAUUAUUGCUGGCCAGCCCUAAAUGUUUAAGCAAUUUUCCAGAAGAUUGGUGUGGAAUUGUGUAUUCUACCCUCCGAAUUAUUAACGAAUCAAAAGAACUCUUGUUACUUAAAUCGACAUCACCAGAACGUAUCAGGGAACUAGAAGAAAAUAAACCAACGGUGAUAGACAUGUCAGAAGAUUCCCAUAUUACUGUAACUGCAUUUUCUUGGACCAAAGAAAAAGAGAAGCCGAAAUUAAUUUUUCUUAUAAGGGAUCAAUAUAUAACAAGGAUAUGCAUAGAUACAUUUACCAAUACCCUAAACAGCAUUAUAUCAAAUGAUACUUUGCGAGGUUUUAUCAAGGAAGGAAUAGAUGUAGUUCACUUUAACGAUAAGUUUGCUAUGGGCUCUAAUCCAAAAGAUCCGAAAAUUCAACACACUUGGUCCAGUCUACAUUUGCUGACUUAUCUCAUUCGUCCAAAAAAAAUAUGUGGAUUUUCAGAAAUGUUACUACCCAAAUAUAUAACCCAGUGCUGUCGUAAACUAUAUAUAUGUGAAGAUUGAAUUUUAAGAAUUAAAUUAUGCUAUAUUUUAUUGAAUAAGUAUUAACUUUGUUCUUCAUUAUGUAUAUGAAUGCAAGUUUAGAAGUUAAAAAUACGUUUA